CGAGGCUAGUGGAAAGGAGGCUUAAACAAGUGCGCUUGCAUCUUCGAUCUUUGGAUCCAGUGUCUUCGAUCAAUUUUAAAUAUGUGUGUAUCAACAAGGAACAUUUUUGGAUAAGAUAUUGAUCGCUGGUGAUUAUACUGGAAGCAUUGAGGUAUAUAUGGAGUAUAUACGAAACAUGAUUCGGCGGGAAAUCUUUCUCGGCAAUUGUUAGCAGCAUUCAGCAGUUUCUUCACGAAAUUUCAAGUUUGAAUUUUGCCGGUUGUUGUUGCAUAGCUCAAGCGAACGAAGACAGAGCGCAUUGUCAUUGAAAUCCAACAUGGAACUGCCUACGAUACUAGAGGCUACCAUUUCGCAAGAUAAAACUAAACUUGAUCAGGCAGAGAAAUUUCUGCAAGAAGCGGCGAAAAAUAAUUUGCCCGAAUUCUUGGUGGCUUUGGCUAAUGAACUUGCGAAUACCAGUCGAAGUCAAGUAUGUCGAAUGGCAGCGGCUUUACAGCUAAAAAAUCAACUGACUUCGAAGGACGUUGUAGUAAAGUUAGAUUACCAACGAAGAUGGUUAUCGUUGGACGAAAACGUGCGGUUCAGUGUGAAAGCUCAGGUUCUUGCUACUUUGGGAACAGAAAGCACACGGCCAGCAAUUGGCCCGCAAUGUAUUGCUGCCAUUGCCUGUGCCGAGCUACCUGUUGAGCAGUGGCCAGAUUUGAUCGGAUUGCUUGUUCAGAAUAUUACAAACGUAUCUGCGACAGAGACCUUGAAAGAACAAACCCUAGAGUCUAUUGGAUACAUCUGUCAAGACAUUGAUCCUCAAUAUCUCGCGAGGGAGGCUAACAAUAUUUUGACAGCUAUUGUACAAGGAAUGAGAAAAGAAGAACCAAGCAACAAUGUGAGGCUCGCAGCCACUACUGCUUUGUAUAAUUCACUGGAAUUUACCAAGGGAAACUUUGAUAAAGAGAAUGAGAGACAUUUUAUCAUGCAGGUUGUGUGUGAAGCUACACAAAGUCAAGUUACCCAAGUGAAAAUAGCUGCUCUUCAAAACCUGGUGAAAAUCAUGUCCUUGUAUUAUGACCACAUGGUCACCUACAUGGCACCAGCAUUGUUUGCGAUAAGCCUUGAGGCCAUCAAAAGUGAUGUUCCCGAAGUUUCACUACAGGGCAUAGAAUUUUGGUCAACCGUCUGCGACGAGGAAAUUGAUCUUGAUCUUGAAGCUGAAGAGGCUGCUCAAGUUGGUCAUCCACCUGAACGCAGCAGUAAGAAAUACGCUAAAGGAGCUUUGCAAUAUCUUGUGCCGCUGUUAUUGGAGACACUAUCUAAACAGGAGGAAUUUGACGAUGAAGAUGACUGGAAUCCUUCAAAAGCAGCUGGUGUAUGCCUUAUGUUGCUGGCUCAAUGUUGUGAAAAUGAUGUUGUUCCGUACGUCUUGCCGUUUGUUGAAGCAAACAUUCAAAAUGAAAUAUGGCAGAAACGAGAUGCUGCAGUUAUGGCCUUCGGAUCUGUUCUUGGUGGCCCGGAUCCGGAGGCUUUGAAACAUGUUGUGAUCAGUGCAAUGCCAAUGAUUAUUCAAUUGAUGCAAGAUAGCAGUAUGAUAGUGCGCGACUCGGCUGCAUGGACUGUCGGUCGUGUUUGUGAGCUCCUUCCGGACGAAGCCAUCAAUCCAGCGUAUCUACAUCUUUUGUUGACGCAGAUGAUGUCAUGUCUAAGUGCAGAGCCACGUGUUGCCGCUAACAGUUGCUGGGCGUUUUCGUCGCUCGCUGAAGCUGCGUUAGAAAAUGCCAAGAAUAAGUUUGGCACCGACGAACCACCCACGUUUGCCCUAUCAGAAAGUUUCUCGAAAAUUGUAGAAGAAUUACUGAAAGUGACCAACAGAUCAGACGGCAAUCAAGCGAAUCUUCGAAGUGCCGCUUACGAAGCUGUAAUGGAAAUGAUAAAAAAUUCCCCUCAGGAUUGCUAUACAUGUGUUCAAUCCACGACACUGGUUGUACUCGAUAGACUACAGCAAGUUUUACAACUCGAGGGUCAGAUAACCUCCACCGAUGAUCGCUCGCAGUACCUGGAUUUACAAGCUUUAAUUUGCGCUACACUGCAGAGUGUUUUACGUAAAGUUCAACCGGAAGAUGCAUUGAAGAUCUCUGACACUGUGAUGAGUGCCUUGUUACAGCUGUUGAUAACACAAAGUGGUCAGGGGGGUGGAACAAAGGAAGAUGCUCUUUUGGCCGUUGCCAUUCUCGUUGAAGUAAUUGGAAUCAAUUUUAUGAAGUACAUGGAGGCAUUUAAACCAAUGCUCACUUUGGCUUUAAAAAACACCGAAGAAUAUCAGGCAUGUAUCGCUGCCGUUGGUCUUGUCGGUGAUCUCUGUCGUGCGUUAGGAGAACAAAUCGCACCGUUUUGCGACGAAUUCAUGAACUUGCUCAUGGCGAAUCUAGCUAACCAAACUGUCCAUCGGUCGGUCAAACCUCAAGUAAUCUCGGCUCUUGGUGAUAUUGCGCUAGCAAUUGGCGCGAACUUUAAAACUUAUUUACAGCCUGUUUUGAUGACUUUGGAACAAGCCGCGUCCUUAAAAAUAGAAACCGAUGAUUACGACACAAUUGAAUAUUUGAACGAACUUCGUGAAGCAUGCCUCGAGGCAUACACUGGUAUCAUUCAAGGACUUAAAGGCGAUGGAAAAGAGCCCAGUCCUGAAGUUCAAAACGUAUGGGGAGCCGUUCCGAGUAUUGUUGCAUUCUUAGAAUUAAUAUCAACAGAUAAGGACCAUUCAGAGGCGGUUGUUAUUGCAGCUUGUGGUCUCAUAGGAGAUAUAUGUUCAGCUUAUGGCAAUAUUGUGCAGCCACAUCUUGAAAAGACGACAAUAUUGGAACUGCUGCAAGAGGGGCGCAGGUCAAAAGGUGGCAAGACAAAGAAUAUAGCGACAUGGGCCACCAAGGAAUUGAGAAAAUUGAAGCAAACAUAGAACCAUCACGAGGAGAGUUUGUCUACGAAAGUUGAAUGCAACGAAAUUUGUGAGUACUGAGUUCAGUGAGAAGAGAAAAGUCCUGAAUGUGAGUAGAAUAAAAUGCACACCGCCGAUGACGGUGGUGCGCCGCCGCGCAUGCGCAAUGGUUGCGCAAAAACUAUGCUAAUAUUGUGCGCAGUGGAAAAAUGAACGCGAAUUGAGAGUGUUCCAGAAUGAAGAAUGAAAUCGUGAGAGGACAAGAGCGUUUGCUUCGAUGAAGAAAAAAAGUAGGAUGGCAAUGACAAUGUAUUGGUUAGAGAUUUGAACAAUUGAACUGAAAAUUGCACGGCUGCAAAGUUGAUCUUGUCCAGUCGUCAAGCCAUUAAAGAUUAUCGCAUGCAAUUGAUAUUUUGAUGAUUGAUUGAUAAAUUAUUAAUAGAAUUGCAUGUAAGAUAAAACCGUACAGGUGUCUUUCGAUGUUAGUUGGAAACUGUACGUUACUAACACAUUCGAGAGAAACGCCAUUUUGGAUAACACUUUGAUCUAGCCAUAUACAGAGAGAAUGUAGAAUAUGAGAGAUGGAAUGUUUCUGUCAGUGAGAAUAACCGCUUCAAAGAAAAUAUUCAAUUGAAAACAAUAUACAAAUCAAAUGCUC